AUGCCACCCACCAGAAAAGAAGAAGAUAAACUUUUAAAACUUGAAUUAUCCAUAAAGCGAAAAUUCUGUUGUUACACUAUUAAUUCCUAUCGCUAUGAUAAGUCGUUGUUAACAUAUGAGUCUUGUAAAUGCCUUGACAAUACGAUUACAACAAGUAGCCAGAUAUUUGGAAUUGCACCAUUUACUGAACCACAAAAAUUUAAAAACAUAAAUUACAAGCAAGAUAAGAAGUCAGAUAUAUAUGGCCUUGGAGUAAUAUUUUGGGAGAUCUCAAGUUGCUGUCCGCCAUUCUGUAAUUUAGAUCCGAAUGCAUUAAUUCUAGAGAUAUGUAAAGGUCUACGGGAAAAAGCAGUAGACGGAACUCCAAAGGACUAUGUUCAACUUUAUUCUGAUUGUUGGCAUGAGAAUCCUACUUACCGCCCCGAAAUAUGUGAUAUCCUUUUUUGUUUGACAAAAAUAAGCAGCACUCUAGGUGGAAACAGUCUUAAUCCUUUUUUUAAUUCUAAAAGAUCAUUCCAUAAUAUCAUCGAGUCUGAGAAUAAAGUUGAUGAUUUAACGAUAAUAAGUAAUUCUAAAUACUCAACGGUUCAUGAUGAAACUAAAGAAGCUUGUCUUGAAAAGCUUGGCAAAAAUGGAAUGAUAAAUAACUUUUGUUGGGAUGAAUUCGAAAUUUUAUCUACCGGAGUCCUUACAAAAGCUCGAUGGAAGACGAGAUAUAUUGAAAUUGCUCUAAAGUCAGUUGUUGAUUCGGAGCAGUUUUGUGAUUACCAAGAGGUAGGACAGUUCCAUUAA